GUGCAACCAAAACAGCUGUUAGAAAUAGCAACCGGGAUAUUCUGGCAGGCUGUUGAGAGUUAGUUCUUGAAUACUGUUGUGGUUUUGAUCACUAAAAUGGCUGUGACUUUUGGACUCUCUUUGAGUGUUUCUUGGAUUUGUUGCCUGCUAAUUGGAGGGAUAACUUGUUUUACACUUAAAGGUAACGAUCAUGGGCAUCCUGCCUACACUGGACCUGAACCAACUGGAUCCUAUGCCCAAGCAAGUGUGGUGUCUGGUCCAAAAAGCUACUGGCCACAAUGCCACGUCAGCAGAAGCUACUGGCCACAAUGCCACGUCAGCGGAAGCUACUGGCCACAAUGCCACGUCAGCGGAAGCUACUGGCCACAAUGCCACGUCAGCAGAAGCUACUGGCCACAAUGCCACGUCAGCAGAAGCUACUGGCCACAAUGCCACGUCAAGCUACUGGCCACAAUGCCACAUCAAGUGUGAAGUCCGGCCCCGGCGCCUCAGCAGUAGCGUCCGGCCCCGGCGCCUCAGCAGUAGCGUCCGGCCCCGGCGCCUCAGCAGAAGCGUCAGGCCCCGGCGCCUCAGCAGAAGCGACAGGCCCUGGCGCCUCAGCAGAAGCAACAGGUCCCCGCGCCUCGUCAGCAGAAGCUACUGGCCACAAUGCCAUGUCAGCAGAAGCUACUGGCCACAAUGCCACGUCAGCAGAAGCUACUGGCCACAAUGCCACGUCAGCAGAAGCUACUGGCCACAAUGCCACGUCAGCAGAAGCUACUGGCCACAAUGCCACGUCAGCAGAAGCUACUGGCCACAAUGCCAUGUCAGCAGAAGCUACUGGCCACAAUGCCACGUCAGCAGAAGCUACUGGCCACAAUGCCACGUCAGACCACUCAACUAUUGGCCAUACAUUUGCCACGUUUGGUCCGGCCCCGGCGCCUCAGCAGUCUUAUCCCUGGCCCCGGCUCUCAGCUUGA